CAGCAGGGGCCCCGGCAGCCACCCGCUCGCUCACACGGAGGCGCCAUUUCCUCUGCCCUUGCCUUGCCCUUAAGGCCGCUGUGCCGCCAGCUGUGCCUGCGCCUCGCAUGGCCCCGCACGGGUGGAUGCAGACGGGCGCCUCGUCUCCUUUUCUCUCUUCCUCAUCCCCUCAUCCCCCCGGAACGCCCAGCCCAAUGGAGAGGCAAGGGUGGCUGCGGCGAGAGAAAGGGUAGGUGGAGGCCGGCUCCUCAGCUAAACACAACCCUCUCCUAAUAAAGCGAUGGGGUACAGGCCGCGGCGUCGCGAUCCCCGCGCCCUAUAAAUAGGCUCCGUGCGCGGCCCUCGGGCUUUGGCCGGCGCGGCUCUGCAGGCGGCGCGGUGCAGUGGAGCGCAGCGGGAGCACCGGGGCCGCCACUGCCGCCGCCAGGAGAGCCUCUGCCCCCAUACUCCAGCAAGAUGCCCCGGGUAGACGCAGACCUCAAACUGGACUUUAAAGAUGUCCUUCUCAGACCUAAAAGAAGCAGCCUCAAAAGCAGAUCAGAGGUUGACCUCACGCGCACCUUCACCUUCCGCAACUCCAAGCAGACAUACACAGGAAUUCCCAUUAUAGUGGCAAACAUGGACACUGUGGGGACAUUUGAAAUGGCUGCGGUUAUGGCAAAACAUGCAAUGUUCACUGCAAUUCACAAGCAUUAUUCUCUGGAAGAAUGGAAGCUGUUUGCUGCCAAUCACCCAGAAUGCCUUGAGCAUGUAGCAGCAAGCUCAGGUAGUGGAAAAGCUGAUUUGGACAAGUUGACAAGUAUUCUAGAGGCCAUUCCAUCUAUCAGGUACAUCUGCCUGGAUGUGGCAAACGGCUAUUCUGAGCAUUUCGUGAAGUUCGUGAAGUCUGUCCGUGCCCUGUUCCCACAUCACACCAUUAUGGCAGGCAAUGUGGUGACAGGAGAGAUGGUAGAAGAACUUAUCCUUUCUGGAGCAGAUAUUAUUAAAGUGGGUAUUGGACCAGGUUCUGUGUGUACCACUCGGAUUAAGACGGGAGUGGGCUAUCCACAGCUAAGUGCUGUUAUUGAGUGUGCAGACUCAGCACAUGGCUUGAAAGGACAUAUCAUCUCUGACGGAGGUUGCAGCUGUCCAGGAGAUGUCGCCAAAGCGUUUGGAGCCGGUGCUGAUUUUGUCAUGCUUGGAGGAAUGUUUGCUGGCCAUGACCAGUGUGCUGGAGAGAUUAUAGAAAAGAAUGGCAAGAAGGUGAAACUCUUCUACGGAAUGAGCUCUGAUACGGCUAUGAAGAAGCAUGCAGGAGGGGUCGCUGAGUACAGGGCUUCAGAGGGCAGAACUGUGGAGGUACCGUACAGAGGGGAUGUGGAACUUACCAUCCUGGAUAUCCUAGGGGGGCUGCGCUCUACCUGUACCUAUGUGGGAGCUGCCAAACUGAAGGAACUGAGCAGGAGAACAACCUUUAUCCGAGUCACCCAGCAGCACAACCAGGUGUUCUCUUAGCCUAGGACUGGAGGGCUGGAGAGAGAGGGAUGGGGAAGAGGGGCAGGUAUGGCUGCUGUCUUGGUUUGCUUUCUUCUCCAUGCUGUGUUAGAGGCAGACUCUCUCUCAGAAUGGUGGUGUCAGCUAUUGGAGGGGCUGUGGCCCGAAAGGGGAAGGUUGUACUAUUAACAUAGUGCCAUUGAUUCAAAACGCAAUAGCCUCAUCUUUUAUUGUGCCUAUUUUAUGUUUUUAAUCAACAUUUCUUUACCUGUUUCCCUGGCCCCACCCUCUGAUAAAGAGCUGCUGAACCCUCAGUUAACAAGGAGCUGGCUUGUUACGCCUGUACACAUUCACACAUUCCCUUUUAUUUUAAAGACUGACCUGUUAGCUAUCACUUCUGGCAGUGCAUUGCACACUGAGAGAGAUGCAGGGAAUUGUGUGGAGAAAUAAUAACAAUUUUUAAAAAGUUCUUAAAGUUGGCCCUGACAAAAGAAUGUAUGUUUGUGGCACAGCUGCCAGCCUCCAGAACGUCAGCAGUGGAUGAGGCCUGGCUGCUGCCAACUUCUUACUGUGAUGCCAAAAAUGACAGCUCUGUUUCACUUCUGGUUCACAGGCCUGUGGUCCCAUUCCAUCAGGUCCAUGUCCUUGUGACAGGGACACCGAGAACAGUCACUGAUAAAGAUUUGACUUAGGGUAGUUAGUUUUCUAAGUAGCAGUUCUUACCAUUAUUUUGAUAAGGUUGUCUUUCUAUUGCACUUUUCUCCUUCUCUCUCUGGUGAGCAGGAAAGAGAAAUCAGCUCCACAGAGGCUGAGCUGGUGACAUAACUGCAUCUCACCUAGUUACAGGUGGGUGUUCAGGGACAACCGUCAGGUAGGUCGGUGCUCACCAUUUACACUGUACAUGUCCAGCUCUCAGACAGGCUGCAAAAUUGAAAAAAAGAUGAGCUUGAGCCAUCCUUUAACACCCAAUCCUGUGCUCUAGUAGUUGCCCUAAUCUGCAUUUAUCUGCUGUAUCCUAUCUUACUCAGGCCUGCUGCCACUCUCAUAAGGAACUGGCGCUGAGGGCAUGCUGUGCCUGGCAAAGUGGUCCAAGCAUAGAGCAGAACCACUGACAAACACCAGGUGCCAUUUGUGGAUCUACCUCAGCUGCACCUUUAACCAGGUUCUCUGCUACUUGGCAUCCUUCUGUGGGAAAUGUCAUUCUUAACUGCUCCGUGGUGGGUGAUGGUGCAUAACCUGGUCUUCUUUAACCCCACCACCGCAAUCCUGUUCUGGCUAGAGGAAUGCUGUCAGUGUAGUAAACUCUGCUGCAGGACAGGUUUAUGACUGCUUUCCUUGGCCAGGAAACUGGUGAGCACCCAAGAGCAAUGCUGAGGUUUAGCCCAUGUGACUUGGUUUAACAUACCAAAGACCUACAAGCAGUGAUGCUGCAAGGGGCAGCAUUAUAUCCUUUAAACAAUCCCUGCUGUGUCCAUCUCUGUCUUUUUGAAAUGCAAGGACACGUAACACACAAUUGCUGCUCCCAGUAAUUUUCUGGAGCUCUUGCUGCACUACGUUUGGCAGCAUGGGCCUGCUCCCCUAGCUUACCUGAACUCCCCUUGGGCAGGGAGGUCUUGGCACGGCAACAGCCUUGCUUGUGCAUGAGUGGUGGCUGCAAGGAAUGUAAGUGUAGACCACUUAAGUGGGAGGACAGCCUGUGAGAGGAGUGGGUCUUGAGUCAGCAUCCUGCCAGAGGCAAACCAGUCUCCCAGGUCUCCUUUCUCUGGCAGAAACAAGGGGGUGCACCUCACCCCUCUGGUCAUUGCAGUGUCUCAUCCUCACUUGCUAUGGGGCAAGAGCUUUCACUGUGCUCUUCUGCCUAGCAUUCUUCCCACAUUAGGUUACAGUGGGGAGUUGAAUGUACGAUGGAGCCACCUUCUAAGUGUUGCAAGCAGGAGCAGGAGGAGCUUCGGCUUAUAUUUUCCCUUAGGAAGUGUGCCUCUGCAUUCCUUUCAGUUAGUAACAAAGGUAAAAGAGCAGCAAUUAGCCAAACCCCUCUAUGUUGCGACAGGGACUGGUGUUUUCCAGUCAUGGCCACGGUGAGUGUUCUAAGUCUGUCCUGAACAAAGCAUUCCCUAAUUUAUGUUUCUUGAGCUCCUCUGUCUUGAAUAGAUGUGCUGCUACCGCAUUCUGCCAGUGUGUGUACAGUGUCUGUCCAUCACUGCUGCCCACUCCUCCACCUGGGAAAUCACAGAAUGUUGCUUUUUAGUUGCUAGUAUCAGUUUCAUACCAGAAGUUCUUUGUUGGAGCCAGGAGGGCUUUUUCAAAUGCCAGGUAUGGCCUUGAUUGUGUGGAAGAGAGAAGGAAAAAAUAGCUCAGGCCCAAGAGCAGCAGUUUGUUCGCCUGUGGGUUGGGAGCCUCUCUGGGCUUACCUGUAGGCAGAGAGCUGGCUGGGAGCAGAAGGGCUGAAGCAUAUUUCAAUUAGAUGCACUCCUAAACACAGCAUGGACCACCUCCCUGCAACCUUCAGUUCUCUUGUGGUUAUUCAGAUGCUUAAGCAAGCCCUUCCCAGCAUCUACUUGACACAGUGUUUACUGGUGGAAGUUCUCAUAUGUAAAUAAACAACUUGCGAGUCCAAAACUCCAUGGCGUUGCCUGCGAUAACUGUGAAGGAUUUCUGCAAAAUCAGCCAAAAAGGGCUGAUGAGCAUUUGACAUCCCCCCCGCCCCACUUGGCCCUGCUGAGAGCAAUGCUCAGCGCUGCCCCCACUCACCUGCAGCAACAGUGUGUGCACAACGCCGCCACCACCACUGAAAUGCAAUGAGCAAACGUUAUAGAUUAGUUUGGUUUUGUUACACCAUAGCGAGCUUUACUCUGAUGAGCCAGAAGGGGUGUUACGGCCAUGGAUGGGUGCGUGUGUAUUUCUCCAUCCUGGUGAAUAAAAGCAAACGCUCUCAAAUGCAUUGCUGGGGGGUGUGUGUGUAAAUUAGAUCAGGCAAAUGGCUGCCCUAGAAACGCUCUCUCCUGUUCAGCCAUAACUCAUAAAGACAAACCAUGCGUUUGCAAUUGGCACUGUUAUUUUAUUAGUACGAGUAUACUGAAACAAUAAACUUGUACUGGUAUACAGACAA